CUCACGAGCCAACACUAUUUUGCAGAGGAGGCACGGAGCAUGCAUUCGCCAGUGUGAUGUGGCAAACCUAGCCAUGAAAAGAAGAAAACAAGUGGGACUACAGAUAUGACGUGUGCGACUUUCCAAGACUGCUGAAGCUAAAUUUCUUGGCUCUGUCUGCAAAGUCUGUGAACGUGUUCUUGCUGACUGCAUUCGCGUCAUCGCUUGAUUAACGUCUGACGUCAAAGCGUCAGCCGGACCAAUGUUUACAUCCUACAGUGGUGUGUUUUUAACUGGAUCCGCGAACAAGAGGCUGGCUAUUGAAGAGACCACAAGCUGAAAAGCUCCAUCAGCGGCCCAUUAAGGCAUCAUGGGUGGAGCUGUGAGUGCCGGCGAGGACAAUGAUGACUUGAUUGACAAUCUGAAAGAGGCCUACUACAUCCGCUCAGACUUGGUGGAGCGGGCUUUUCGUGCCGUUGACCGCGCCGACUAUUACCUCGAUGAGUACAGGGAGAACGCCUACAAGGAUUUGGCUUGGCGGCAUGGGAACAUUCACCUGUCAGCUCCAUGUAUCUACUCUGAGGUGAUGGAGGCUUUGGACCUCCACCCUCGCGUCUCUUUCCUAAAUCUUGGCAGUGGGACGGGCUAUCUCAGUACUAUGGUGGGCCUCAUACUGGGACCAUUUGGAGUGAAUCAUGGGAUUGAGUUGCAUGCUGAUGUCAUCGAGUACGCCUACCAGAAGCUUGAUUCCUUCAUCAAAACCAGUGACAGUUUUGACAAAUUUGAGUUCUGCGAGCCAUCUUUUGUGGUGGGCAACUGUCUGGAGAUCUCUCCGGAGAGCCGUCAGUACGACAGAGUUUACUGUGGGGCCGGGGUGCAGAAGGAUCACGAGAAAUAUGUGAAGAACCUAAUUAAGGUUGGCGGGAUCCUGGUCAUGCCGCUUGAGGAAAAGCUGACCAAGAUCACCCGCACAGGACCAAACAGCUGGGAGACCAAAAAGAUCAUUUCUGUGUCCUUUGCUCCUCUCAUUCAGCCCAAACACAACGUGAAUGGCAAACCCAAGACUGUCCCACUGCCAAAGUACGAGGUACGGACAUUACAGGAGCUCGCUCGUUUCUGCAUCCGCCAUACGCUGCGAGCGACCAGUGACGCAGGAGAAUGCCAAUCCCGCACCCGCGGCUCCUCCUUUAGCGUGGGUAGGGGUCUGGCCGUGGCCGGGCUCCACAAAUACGGCCCUCGCUUCAAACGCCGCCGCGUGCACCGGCGUCGCUGCAACGCCCUCGUCCUGGCCACCCGCCAGGUGGUCGGCAGCGCUAUGAGCCCUGCGUCUUUGGACAGUAACAAUAACCAGGGAGGGAGAGCGGAGGACGAGGAGGCGGGCCGGAGGGAGGUCAGGCGAGAGACCAGGGGGUGCAGGAGGGCAGCUCGAGGCUUGAUGGAAGAAGAGGAGAUGGUGGAGGAAGAGGUUGAAGAGGAGCAGGAGGAAGAGGAGGAGGAGGAGAGGGAGACCGGAGAGCUUCUCCGAGUUCAGCCUGCUGUCAACGUGUUGCGAGAGAGGAUCCUCAGCCUUCCGCUGCCUGAGCCUUUGAAGAGGUUCCUCUUGUACUACAGAAACAAGUGAGCAACCAGGCAGCAGAGACUUGAAGACAACCCCCCCCACCUACCCCCCCUGCAGACAGCAGGACAGCAUGCCUGACAUCUAGCCCUCGCUAAUGGUAGACCAGGGGUCACCAA